AUGUCGAGCCGCCAUUUUUAACAGCAGACGACGACCGCGAAGGAUGAUCUCAACGCUGCUAAACUUUAGAAAAUGUCAAGAUGUUGCACGAGUUGCUUCUCUCUUUGAGUGGAUACACGGGAAGCAUAUUUGUUGAAGGAGAAAAGGGUGCUAUAAAGGUCGUUCCAGAUUUACCAUUUCUCCACUGUAGUGAGGUGUACAUUCUAAACAGGCUAUGCAUACUUGGUACACACUACAAACGCUUCCGAGAAUUUAUCAAGGAAUACACUGGCUCUCCAAGUAGCUCCCUUGAAUCUGCCAAAAAUGCACCAAAAGAUCUGCUGAAGCUUAAGGAUGGGCUGUACCUACGUGCCUUCUGUGCUGGUCUGGAUGGAGUGCUGGAUCCAUACAGACAAGUGUUACUUCAGUUAGAACAAGAGAUUCUCUCUGACCCUCACCUGACACCAUGCCACAUCCAGGAGGUACUGGAGCCAUACCAGCUGCUGUUCCCAGACCUGUGGGCGGUUAUAGAGCAGAUCCAGUACCAGAGGGGCCACGGAGGCCACAUCUUACAGAUAGUGCAUCAGCACUGUAACUGUGGCAAACCAAUGGUGAAAGAUGCCUUUCAGAAGAUUCUGUUUGUAUGCCACAGCGUCAUGUAUCGUCAGGUCACAGCCUGGCUGCUUCACGGCAUGCUCCUGGACAAUCAUGGUGAAUUCUUCAUCCACAAGUCGGCCAUGGCUAGCCUGGCAGAGAGGCAGUAUGAUGACGAUGAUCUGGGCAUUGGUGGCGUGACUGGCAGGCAGAUGAGAGAAGUCAUGCAACUGAAUGAAGAAGGUAGACUCCCUGAGCGCCCCGCCCACACCCAUUUUGCCAUCAGGCCCUCCAUGCUGCCCAGCUACAUCCCAGUCCGAGUCGCUGAGAAGAUCCUGUUUGUUGGUGAAUCCGUCCAGAUGUUUGAGAAUCGGAAACAGAACAUUGCUUCCAAAUACUCAGACUCUGUGUUGGGAGACAAGGAAGACGUGUUUGCAGCUAGAUUCCAUCAGCUGAGGCAGGAACCGCUCUUCUCCAUCAAGAACUGUGAAGAUGCCAUUGAUGAGAUACGCUCCUGCGUUGCAGAGCACCUAUGGAGACUAGUGGUUGAAGAGUCAGACCUCGUAGGCCAGCUGCACACUCUCAAGGAUUUCUUUCUGCUAGGGAGAGGGGAGUUAUUCUUAGCCUUCAUUGACCACGCCCAGAACUUGCUAAAGACUCCACCCACAUCCACAACCGAACACGAUGUCAACUUGGCAUUUCGCCAAGCUGCUCACAAAGUUCUCCUUGAGGAUGACACAUCAUUAGGCCAAGUACGACUGACCGUGACGUGUAAGACUCCAGCGAAGGGAGCUGGCAAAAAAGUAGAAGCAGCCCCUCAGUCUAAAGGUAGUGGGGAUAUUGGUUGGAACUGCCUGGGCAUGACAUACAAUGUACAGUGGCCGCUGCAUACACUCUUCAAUUCAGCAGCUCUGGAGAAGUACAACACCUUGUUCUGUUUCCUACUGAGCAUCAAGCGCGUCCAGUUGGAACUCCAGCAAUGCUGGGCCCUCCAGAUGCAACGAAAGCACGCCCCUGUGGACCAAUCGGAUGCCAGCAAGUGGCGUCUGCGAUCCCACAUGGCAUUCCUGGUGGACAACUUGCAGUACUACUUGCAGGUGGAUGUUCUAGAGACCCAGUUCCAUCAGCUGAUUGAUAGGAUCAACAGUACCAGAGACUUUGAGGCUGUACGGCUGGCACACGACCAGUUCCUGACAUCACUACUUGGCCAGUGCUUUCUGCUCAUGAAACCGGUGAGCCAUUGCCUGAAUGAAAUCAUGGAGCUUUGUCACUCAUUUGCCGUCUUGCUGAUCACACACGCAGCCAGCAUGACAGACAGAGAGGUGGCUCAUAUGGACAAGUUGUCACAGGGUUUCAAUCGGCAGUCUUCUCUCCUGUUCAAGAUCCUAUCCAGCGUACGCAGUCACCACCAGGCCAGCCCUUACCUCAGCCAGCUCUUACUACGACUGGACUUCAAUAAGUACUACAGUCAGGCAGAGGGCGCUCUUGCACCGUGACAAAACCAACAGAAAUAUAAGGUUGCAAACUUUGUUGCAGUGUACAAAUGAAAAGGCUCUGUAUAUACAACAUACGUCAUCAUUAGUGACGUAAUAUUUAACAGUUGUUGACUGCUGCGAUGUGAGAUAUGACGUUUUGAACACCGGAGGUGCGCAAAGCGCCCGAGGCGAAUUUGUUAUACCUCUGUCUUGGAUUC